UCUCUCUCUCUCUCUCUCUCUCUCUGUAUAUAUAUCUAUAUACCUGCGUAUUCACGAACGUACAUACAUAUUCUGUGUGCUUGUUUGCGAAUCUGCUUAAGAAUUCGUCUAUAGACGCUUGAUUGCUUGUGUAUAGAAGUAUAUUAUAUAACGAAUGUAUAUUAGGGUUUUUUGAUUGCUUUUUGAGUUAGGGUUUCCUUCCUUGUUCUGUUUAUUUAUUUUAUUUUUGUGUGUUUGAUUACCGAUUUGGGCCUUUUCUUUAUACAUGUAUUUGAUUUUAGUUAGGGUUUGUUCUUUUUUUUUUUUGACCAAGCGAUAGUCCACAAGCUGUCCAUAGCCUUGAACCACAAACGGCCCUGAUAGGCUCGAACCCUGGCUCUCACAAGGGAAGGACGAGGAAAUGGCGUUAGGGCUUAUUCCGAGUUUGUGAUUUUUAUACAUGUAUUUGAUUGCAUGUUCUUUUUCCUAGUGUUGAUUUAGGGCUUGUUUUUUUUUGAAUUUACUUACAUUAAUUUUUAUAUACAUGUAUUUGAUUGCUCGUUCUGAUUUAGGGCUUUUUUUUUCCUUAUAUCAUUUACAUGUAUUAUUAUUAUUAUUUAUUUAUUUUUUAUUGUUUUUUUUUUCACUGACAUACGUUAUUGUUCACCCUCCUUUAGGGAGGGUGAAUAAAAUUGGACUCAAUCUACAACACCCAUUUAGGGAGGGCGAACAAAAUUGGACUCAAUCUACAACACCCAUCUAGUACUUGCAUAAUUGACCUCUUGCUCCCCACUAGUACAAAUCUGUAUUUUUUCCUAUGUAGCAUACCUGAAUACACUACCUUCUUAUCUAAGAAGCUUUAUGCCUAAUGCCGAGUUGUAAUUAUCUGUCCUUUUACAAGUCUAGUAAACUUAGAGCUACGGAGAUUAGCCCCUUUCUCACCUUGGCAUGUAGUGCCUGUAAUACUCCUUACACGCCAAGUAAACUGAAAGUUUAUGGAGAUGCUAUACUUUCUCACCUUGGCAUGUGUGCCUGUAAUACUAGUUCUCACUUCUCACUGUGAGUUUUUCAUGAAAGGAGAAAGUAUGAUUUGAAUACAAGAAAAUGAAGUGAAAACUAUGAAGUUCCAUGGAUAUCCGCAACCCUGUAUUUCCAUUACUUUUAUUCUUUUGUGUGCGUAUGAUAUGAUAGUCAAAUUUAACACAUCCUUGCGCAUAACAAUUAGAGAAGAUAAUGACAAUUAGAGAAGAUAAUGAUAUAGUAGGUCAACAACAUCUUCAUUUUAAAUUUUGUGGUAAUAUUUCGUCUUUUUCCUGCGAAUGAGGAGGGAAGAGUGCGGGUUGACAUUGAAAGACAGGAGAAUGCAAAAGAAUCAGCUAUGAGAAUUUCUUUGGAGGAUGAGGUCCAUGCUCUUAAAUCUGAAAACCAUCAUUGCAGCAAAGAGGAAGCUCUGAGCCUCAAGAUCUAAAUGGAGAAGUAAUGCUUCCUCCAACACAGAUUUGUGCAGGGAAACAGAAAUAAAUCGUCUCAAGGAGCUUCUUGAGGAAGAGAGAAUCACGGCAGAAUCAGAGUGUAAGAAAGCUGAAGCGGAGAAGAAAGAAGCUAAAAAAACAUGGAAAAUUGUGGAGGCAGAAAAAAAGUAAAGCUAAUGAGGAAAGGAGACUUGCUGAUAUUGAACGAAAAAAUUCAGAGGAAAUUGGAGUCCAGUUAGAGAAGCUAAAGGUUGAGGCAAGGGAAAAGCUUGAGAUAGAAAGGCAAAAGGUGAUGAAAAAGGAAAAACGUGCAGAUUCUGAGAUGGCAAAAGCAGAAGAGCAAAGGAACCUUGCACAAAUGAAUCAGAAGGAGGCCAUAGAUGAAAAAUGCCAUGCCAAUGAUUUGUCUCAACAAUUGCAAGGGCAGAAAGAAAGGUUUGAGAAAUUACAAAAGGAGAUGGAUGAACAAGAAUUCUCAAAAACAUCGGUUAAGAUGUCUGCUGACCUUUCUGAUAAAGAGAUGAAACAUGAUGCAACAGGGAGAGGGGGGCUCAUAUUGGAGAUGUUAAAACCAGAAAUGGGUGAAUCAAAGUUGGUUUCAGGAGACUCAACAUCUGAAAAGGUUAACAAAUGCAUCAAGGAGCAGAAACAGAAGGCGGUAAGAGAAAAGAGGUGUGCAGAUUCAGAGAUGAGGAAAGCAGAAGAGCAGAGGAUGGUCGCAGAAGCUAUGAAAAAGGCCGUGGAGGAAAAUCGUCGUGCAGAUCAGUUAGCUCAGCAGUUAGAAUUUGCAUCCUCUAGAAAACUGGUUGAGGCUCCUGUGGAUCCACCUGAUAUAUGCAUGAAUUCUGAAACUGCUAAAAUGAAGCUGCUGAAAGAACAGUUGAAGUUUAAAAAGAAGCAACUGCAGCAUGCCAAAGAAGUUGCUAAGUUGGAAAUCAACCGAAACAAAAUUCUACAACAAGAACUGCAUCUCUUAAUGCAGGAACGUGCCCAAUUUUUGCGUCAUCUGGAUUUAUUAAAUAACUGUUUACCGUAUUGUAGUGAAGGCAGAGAUGACAAUGCAAAGGUGUGUCUGAAGAAGCUUUUUACAAAAGAAUUGCAUCAGGUGCACCUUCACUGCAAUAACGACCUGGAUGCCUCUGAUUUUAUGAAGCAAACCAUCAAUAGUAAUGCACCAUUGCUUCCUUGUACUGUCGGAAACUGUGCUCAGUGCACCUCAGGUAUUGAUUCUAAAGUGGAGCCUCUGCUUAGAGGUUCUAACAGAAAAAUGUUGCAGAGUUCUGCGUUAAAUUCAAGUACAUCAGCGUUUUCCAAAGGACCAUUGAUGGGCUCACAGGAAAGAGGUGCUUUCUCGGUCAUGGCGUCAGUUAUAGUCGCAGGAGAGAAAUCAAAAUCAAAAUCACAGUCAAAAUUUUCCAGUUUGUCUGGUGAAGUUACCAGAACAAGGUGCAUUGAUGCUCUUGGGAGGAAGGCUGGACAAAGUAGAAAGAGAAAGAGGAUCGUAAAUGCAGUUGAAUCCAUUGAACAUUUGUAUUCCGAGCAUCAAAACUGGCAGCUCCGGUUAGAGGAGAAGUUAUCCAUGCUUCAUGGGAUGUUAGACAGUCAAACACGCAAAUCCUUGCAAAAGAACAAAGGCAUGAUGUCUAACUUGGAACGCAAUCCCAUUGCUUUGCCAGCCAGGGCGCGCAACAAGAGAAAGGCAUCUCAUGAAGAAGUAGCUCUGAAGCAUUUGUGUGACCAUAACGGGCGUAAGGACAUUCAAAGAGGAGAAGUACAGGCAUUUGACGCUGUAAUGGGUGAUUCUGGCAGGGGCAAUUUGGGAAGUCACGAGGAAAUGGAAGGGAACUAUAUGAAGCUGCUUGACUUGCAUGAUGCCGUUGAUGAGGACCGCUACCUUAAAGCUAUUCAAGUGCCGCUGUCACCAACUAUUCCUGUGAUUGAGGUUCACAACAACGAGUCAUUUGUAUUAGAUAACACUGGAUGUUUAGUAGAUGAGACUUCCUACGACGGAUUUUAUAGUCAACAGGCCAAUCAGGGGCCAUCUUGCAAAAUUGAUGUUGUUAACAUGCAAACAGAGUCCGAUAGAUGGAAAUUUGAGACUUCUAAAACUUCCCAUGUUCCACCAUUGAAUAAGAAUGGAGGUAUUGGUGAUCCUUUUGAGAACGUGACAAACAAUGGAAAUGGUAAGUGUGUUACCAGAUAUGAAGACAAUACUUGUCCCCACCAGAUGGAGGGUUCCCAUGCAGAGAGGGGGAUGCCAGAUAUUUACAGUUGUGGCUAUGAAGGGGCAAAUAAUUUGUAUCAGAGUGCACCUGUAUGUGCGCAUGAUGAUAUUCAUAGAUGCCAUGUUGUGUUUUCUGAUACUACCAAGGACUGUAGCAGCAUGUCUAGGAUAUUUUGUGCUGCUGGAACUUGUAUGUCUGAGUUUUCUACUAUUUCUCAGACCUAUCUGGUGCAAAAGAUUCUGCCUGCUCUUUUGAGUAUUGAAGAUCUUUCACACAAAGAGAAGGCGUGCGUGUUCUUUUCAGUUUUACUGAACAAAAUUUCUGGGAUUGCUAUGGAUGAAUUCAGAAAUUUUCUGAAGAGUGGUUCUAUCCUCUUUUUUGAAUCCUUUGCUGGACACAUGCACACAGCGGUGUCUGAUAUGCAGACAAGAUGUUUGCUUGCAGAAUUAUGUGCCUCUGGGGAGCUGCUUACGCUCAUUGAGGAUUUUCUUAUAAACAGAAGAAUUCUGGUGUAUAGUGAUGUUUCUUCUCAUUCAUUACCCCUUCGGGGUUCAAUAGUAGACAUCUUUCUGAACGGGAAAGAAGUACAUCUGUCUUAUGAAAUGGCUCUAAAGCAUCAGUUACUGGCGGGGAGCAUUUUAUUAGCAGCAUUAUGUGCAGCGAUUGACCACAUUGGGUUCUUAUAUGAGGCUUCGUACAACAUCUUCAGGAUACACAAAUUGGAUGCUUCCUUGGUGCUGACUGUUCUUCAUGUUUUUGCUUUUGUAUGUGGAUCUAACUAUUUCAAUCAUAAAGAUAAUGGUUUGAUAAUGAUCGUUGUGAAAUCCUUAGUCCCAUUUCUAGAGAAGGAAAAUAUUCCAAGUGAUUCCAAUUCAUGGCCAGAGUUCCCUAUUUGUAGGCAAUGCCCCUUUUCCAUGGAUGUAUUUUCUGUGGAGAUUGUUGUUUUAUUUCUCUUGCAACAACUUCAGAACUAUGCAUUGUCUGGUACCGUUAAUCAAGAUCCAAAUGAAGUAGUAAAUUCAUCUUUGUUCCUGUCCUACAAUGAGAAGGCUGAGAACACUAGGAGGCUGGAGGGAGAAUUAAAUCUCCAACCUAUGAACUGCAGUGCAUCCUGCUGUUUAAUCAAGCUUGAUAUGCCCGCCGCUCAAGUGAAGUCUGUUUUUGAUGGGAAUUUGUGCCAUUUCCUUGAUGUAAUCUCACUAGUGGAGCUUGUAGCAUGCAAUAUGAGUUGGAAUUGGACAUGCAACAAUAUUGUGCAUCGGCUGUUGAGAUUGUUGGAAUCAUGUGCCCAAGAGAACUUUUUUUCUGUUACUGUUAUACUUCUUGGUAAGCUGGGAAGGCUUGGAGUUGAUGCUAGUGGGUAUGAAGACAAUGGUGUUGAAAACCUGAGAUGCAGGUUGUCUUCAUUUCUGUGCCAGAAUUCUUCCAGGAAAUUGUCCCGGCUUUCUCAAGUCGCCAUUGUCAAUGCUUUACUUGGUCUCCUUUCUCUCAGUUUUAAAGAACUUAUCAAGAGUACUGUCGAGGUUCCGGCAGUUGUAAGUCCAUCUAAUCCCACUGAUUGUAUUAGGGAGUGGUACUCUGGACUAAGCAAUGAGCAGCAGUCCUUGUCAUUCAGUUUUCUACAAUCUGAUAGUGUGUCCUGCUGCACAACUUCAGGAACUAACUGCUGCCUUUAUGAUCUGGCCUGGCCUAAGUUUGAAUUGGGAUUUUCUUGUAGCAUUACUUAGAGCUAGGGUCAGAAAGUACAAUUUUUUUGAUGAACUUCACAAUGGUUAAGACGCACGUGAUUUGAACAUGUCAAGGAGUACAAAACAUGUAGUGAUGAUAUAGGGCAAUUUUGUGUUACCUCUGUUUUCCUAAAACUCUGAAGUUCUGAACCUCUUGUUGCAUCACUCCCUUGGUUCAGUUGUUUUUUUAUAAUAUGCGAUUUAUUCUGCUUC